AUGGAGGUAGCAGCCAUUUAUGCAAUUGCCGCUGGCGGCAUUCUGUUGGCUCUCCUUUUGAUCCAGACUCGCUCCGUUUUAAUUGGCUGGACAGAAUCCUUAAGUGUCCUGCUGUCUCGAUAUCUUACUCUCCCAGUCCUCAUUCGUCGGCAUCGCAUCUGGGGUCCAUGGACUCGAUCCGGAGUUCUCAUCCAUAUGAUAUAUAUCAGUACCAAUAUCACUCUGGUUUUCCUCAAAACCGAUUCGUUUACUGGGGCUGGCCGGCGAGCAGGCGAGCUAGCACUCAUCAAUUCAAUCUUCCCUCUGUCAGCUUUGCACCUUUCCUAUCUGGCUGACCUUCUUGGUAUCAAAUGGCGCACUUGCCGCAAAAUUCACCAUGCGACUGGGUGGAUGGUUGUUGCUUUAGUGUCGUUUCACAUUAUUGCUGAGAUACAAAGCCAAAGUUUUGGCUUUCCGCUUGGUGACACACGCAAUUUGUUCACUAUGAUCGGCGUUACUUCACUAAGUGCCCUUGCUCUAUUUUCCAUUCCAUUCUUUCGUCAAUGGUCGUACGAGAUCUUCCUCCGAGCCCAUCAGAUCUUGGCCGGCCUUUUUGUGUAUGGCACUUGGCAGCAUCUCUCAGCCCACAAUGGCUCGCCAAAACUAUAUGUCUACAUUGCAUUAGGUAUCUUGGGUCUGACGACAUGUUUGGAGUUGGCGACGCUGUUUUAUCGAAACGGGCUCUUUUCUGGCCGCGGGGCUCCUCGGGCUCUGGUCUCACCCGCCUUCUGGAAAUCCCAGGAGAGCGGCAACACAGCAAUAGCGGCCCAUAUCCGCGUUGCCUUACCUCGUCCAGUAAAGGUUGAGCCCGGUCAGUAUAUCAAUCUCUGGGUGCCGUCGGUUACUUUAUGGUCGUGGACACAGACACAUCCUUUCACAGUCACAUCCUGGUCACGGGGUAAACAAGACACUCUGGAUCUUCUUGUACAACCACGACGUGGCAUGACCUUAGAUCUUCUCCGUUGUACCACAGUCAAUCCAGAUAGCUCAGUGUCUUUGUUAGCCCUUUUCACUGGGCCACAUGGGACAAGCGAAGAUGUCAGUCACUAUGAAACUGCUUUGAUGAUUGCAAGUGGAUUUGGGAUCGCCGCGACAUUACCGUACCUCAAGAAGAUGAUAUAUGGCUAUAAUACCUGUGCUCUUCAGGUUCGCCGGCUGCACUUGGUGUGGCAAAUAGACUCGAUUGAGAUGACAACCUCAGCCCAGAGUCUGCUCGAUGCCCUCCUUGAAGAUGACGUUAUCGAUAAAGGCUAUAUUCUCAGCAUUUCAAUCUAUGUUGGGAAUGGCCUCGCCCAUAAUAGAACACCAGUUGGCAAACAUGAUCGAGCAUGUUUCUACCAAGGUAUGCCCGAUUACCAUCAUAUUGUCUCGCUCGAAGCGUCCGGCAGUCAGAUCGAGAGGCUGCCGAACAUUCGGGACGAGCGAGGCCAGACACUGGUGAUGGUUUCCACACCAAACGAUCUGAGAGAUGACAUACGGGGGAUCGUCAGAAGCCAUCUGCAUCAGGGCGUUACGCUAUCAGAACUGGAGUACCAACCUGAGUAGGAUAUGAUCGGGAAUCUGUGGGAAUGACAAGAUUUAAGAGACGCCAUGGGAUAUUUAGGGGUGGUUGCAGGCCUAGAUAGUAACUUAUCUUGUACGAAUUACUAUUAGCUAGAAAUGAACGCCUCUCUUGAAC